AUGCCUCUAAUGAUAGAUUUGAUGAAAGGCAUUGCCAACCUGCUCCACGGUCGUGCCGGGAAGCAAGGCAAGUCCAUCACAUUCCUCACACCGGAUGACAACGCCGUGUUCUACGACUUGAAGCAAUGCCUGUUGGAAUCACCUCUAUCAUCAUGUCCCCUCGAACUAGCCAACCAUCCCGAUGCGCAGCAGAAACCUGGGACAUUUGUUCCUAAAAAGCGUCAAGAUGAGACAUUGUUUAAGUAA